AAUUGCGACUGUCCCAACGCUUACCCUUUACAAUGGUUCUGUAUUUUGUGGUUCGUGUGGGGGUAGUUGCCGGCUUAGUCAUGGCCUCACGAAACUAUGGCAUAUGGGGUUCGCAAGAGCGCACGAAAGAAAUCUACGAAGAUGUGGCAGAGCGAACCGAGCCCCUUGUGGAGAGCUUGCGACUGCGACUCGGCAUUGACCCACCACCGCCACCACCGGAAGGCGAGUGGAGAUUUCUGGGAGUUUUCUUCUACAAUCAGACAGUGCUCACAUUUUUUGAGUUUCUGUACAUGGUCCCCACUUAUAUGCUCUAUGGUUUGGAACGUGUUCCAGGCUAUGUACAGAAGUUGGUCGCAUACGCAAGAGAGCGCUAUGAGCAGAUGAAAAAGGAGCGGGAAAAAGAGGCUUGCAAACGAUGUAUCGAUGAGCGUAGAUUGGUUGACCCUCAUGGUUCCCAAUCUGGCACCUGCAAGCGGCCGGAUUCGCAAAGACCGCCAGGUUUAAUACCAAAAGAUGCACCUCCAUCGCCGUACAACGGAAAGGCGCCAAGUCGACCAAGAUUCCCGGACGAUGAUAUCUACAAGCCUCGACUAGCACCAAAAUGUAAAUGUCCCAAAUGCAAUCAGAGAGAAGCGGAUGGGUGGUCCGAUCAAAAACCGAAGUGUAGAAAUCGGCCAGAGCCCGAGCCGAAGCCGAAGAAUAAAUCUGAAAAACAGUGCAAAAUUUGUCCCAAACUAGAAGAGGAGCCGAAGAAGCCGAAGAAAUGCAAAAUAUGUGAAGAGAAGGAGAUUGAAAAGUCAAAAUCGGGCCCUAAGGCACCAGUGCAGGAAGGUUGUCCAUAGCGAAAGAAGGCUGAGGAGUGUUCAGACUAUAGCCAAGCUAAGUGGGCUUAGUAGCUCUCGUGCCUCUCUAGACAAUCAAGUGGCGGGGUGUCUGGGGCAAUGAAGUGGGCACCCAACACAUCGAGGGUGUUGUCAGACUGCUGUCCGACUGAGGGUUGAACACCAUUUGGCUAAUAAAAAUACAUUGCAACAUUUCAAGCUAAAAAACAAA